AUGGAGGAGAAGAAGGACCGCGUGGAUCGCUUUGCGAAGGUGCACUUCCGCUGGACCAUCGGCAUCAAGUUCAUUGGUCUGGUGGCCUUGGCUUCGCUGCUGGCGGUGGAGUGGUACUCGGAGGUUCGCUCAGAGUCCGCGCGCCUGGUGACGGAGCUCUCGUCUCUUGGCAAGGAUGUGCUCUUGUAUGACCUCAUCCUGACAUCUUCCGCUCGCAUGCUGGCGCUCACAGGCGACUUGCGAUGGAGAGACGAGUACUUCCUCAAGGUGGAGCCCUUGGAGUCGGUCCUGCAAGAGAUCGAACGAAAAGCCCCGGACAUCGCCUCUGAGUUCAACAGAAAUACCGUUGUCGCUAACGACAAGCUGCUGGCAUUGGAGGGCGAAGCCAUCGAACUGUCCGCGACCAACGUCUCCUUGGCCACACGAGUUCUGUUCAGCAGCACGUACGAAACCAACAAGGCACUCCUGCUUGAUGGUCUGGCCGUCUUGGACAGCAUGAUCCAGGAAGUGCGAACGAACCACAAGAAUACGCAAUCCUGGUGGGGCAUUGUCAGUCCGUCCAUGGUGUUGCUUGCCUUUUUUGGCGAGUGCGCCAUGACGGUUGCCGUGGAGCGGCUGGAUCGCCGACUCGAGAAGUACUGGAAGGAAGCAGACCACGCGAGCACGGCGUACAACUCUGAAAUGCGGAGGAGCUUCUUGCAGCGAGCUCAGGGCACUGUGGAGUCAAUACAGGGCAAGCUCUCCAAGAAGUUUUUGAGGCCGCUUCAGCUGCAAGUGGAGUCGGAAGCUCCUGCAGCUCCGCAGAUGCUGCGGCGGAGGUUGUUCUACCUUGCGAUGUCCGCCGAAGUGUUCGCCCUCGCAGGUUUUGCGAUACCAGCUGUGUUGACAUUGGUAGCUCUGUACAAAGCAGAGGGAAAUGAUCCACUACAGCAGCUGAUCGUCCACGCCAAAGACACCGAGUUCUACGACGUGGCCCUGACUUCUAGCGCGCGACUCUGCGUCCUGUCCCACGACACGCGCUGGUCAACGGAGUAUGACGGCUUUGUUGCCCCCAUCGACGCAGCACUUGCAGGGCUGCAAGAGGUGGCGCCCGAUGUGGCCGCUGAGUUCGCCGCAACCACGUCCGCUGCAAAUGAUGCGCUCAUCGCAGCUUGGGUGCUCCUGGACAUGGAGACUGCAGCCCUUGAAGUCUGUGGUUCCGAUCCAGAAAAGGGCCGAGGCAUUUUGUUCAGUCCGGCCUACGAAGGCAACAAAACCUUGCUCCUGGACGGGAUACGCGCCGUCACUGCAGCUGCUGAGCAGCAGCGCCAACUUUUUGAGGACGAAGAAGAGCAGCACCACACUGUCAGCCGCAUCCUCCUGAUUGUGAGUACCUUCCUCAUUGUUUCCGCGGACCUUUGCACAGUUGUGAUUGCAGCUUGGAUGGAAGCUCUUUCCGUGGCCACCGACGCCUGUCCAGAAAUGCCGUUUGCGUUCCUGGCAGCUCCUUCAAUGAUUCAAGGGUGGGGCCUUUUAAGGACAUGA